AUGCAGUCAUAUUCUCCUCCUACCAUGGCCACUUUUCCCAAAUCUUUCUUGGCCGCUGUCGUCAAGCAGCUGCUCCGGGGCAAGUCCUUGAUACAAGCCCUCCUGGCUCACUGGCUCACACCCCAGACCGUCUCGGGAAAACCAACAGAGUCGGCGGUGGAAUGCAGCAAAUCUGGGACGACGACUCCCUCAGCGCUAACCAUCGAGGAAUAUCUCAAGGAGGCGGAGCAUCUACUCCUGGGCCCCCUACUCGACGAUGGACUGCUCGAGCUAUCCAACGCCUUGAAGGCACAAUUCAGAGACAAGUUGCAGACGAGUAUGGCCUGCAUGCUCCCCUCAUACAAUCAUCAGCUUCCCGGCGGGCACGAAGUCGGUCAGUAUCUGGCGGUGGAUGUGGGGGGAUCGACACUGCGAAUUGCACUGGUUGAAUUGCGGGGUCGUAACGCCGUGGGCCAGGAGAGCGAGAUUGUACGGAUGAGUUCAUUCAAAAUCGACAAUGACAUCAGGAACUUGGAGGGCAUGGCCUUCUUUGACUGGAUGGCCGAGAGGAUUUUGGACAUGGUGUCACAGGACGGACAGGAUCCUUCACGAUCUAUGCCCAUGGCCCUGGCAUGGAGCUUUCCCAUCGAGCAAACAUCGUUAAAAGGCGGCCGUAUCCACGGCAUGGGCAAGGGCUUCCUCGCUGCCGAGGGCCUUACGGGCCAGGACCUUGGUGAGGUCAUCGAGUCCGCCUGCACGGCCAGGGGCAUGAACGCCCGACUACACGUCAUCCUCAACGACGGCGGCGCCACGCUGCUCUCCCAGGCGUACAUCCACCCGGCCACGCGUUUCGGCCUCAUCCUCGGCACAGGCGUGAACAUUGCCGCCUACCUCCCCGUGUCCCUGAUUGGGAAACCAAAGUUUGGUAAUCGUCCCCGGGAGUGGUGGUGCGAGGCGCGCGACGUCAUCGUCAACACGGAGCUUGGCAUGUUCGGUCAGGAUGUCCUCAGCGUCACCCGCUGGGACGGGUUGUUGAAGCAGGGCCACCCGAGACCGGAUUUCCAGCCCCUGGAGCAGAUGGUCAGCGGGUAUUAUCUGGGCGAAGUGGUGAGAUUCGCUUUGAUCGAAGCGAUUCAGACAACGGGGCUGUUUGGGGGCGUGGUGCCCAAGUCGCUUGAUGAGCCAUACUCUUUAAAAUCCGAGACAAUAUCUGCCAUUGAAGGAUCCUCCAUCGACCUCUUCAUCUCGCAACAUCCAUCGUCUCACACGCCGUCAACGUCAGAUCUCUCCGCCCUCCGCAGCCUAGCAUCCUUCGUAUCGAGGAGGUCGGCGGCCAUUAUCGCGGCAUGCCUACACGCCGUAUGGUCCAUGCGUCUCGAGUCGCUCGGUGAAGAAAAAGAAAAGAGGCAGAUGAUGAAGCGGGAGCCGGGGGAGGAGCAGCAGGAGGAGGAUGCGGAGUUUUCCCAGAGGAUAGAAAAGGAAACGGGCCUGGUGCGGACAAUGGUCGCGUACAACGGCAGCGUAAUCGAGUGCUACCCGGGCUACCUUGCAAUGUGCCAGGGCUACGUGGACGCGCUGGUCAACGGGGACGACCGGAGCAGGAGUCUCGAGCUCGUUCCGGCAAAGGAGAGCUCAUUGUUGGGAGCUGGAGUCGCUCUGGCGAGAGCUUGUGAUGAGACUUCGGCGUGA